AUGAAAUUCUUAAUUGCUGCUAUUGUCUUGUUGGCUUUGAUUGCCAACACCAACGCCACCACCCAACAACUCCAGGACACCAAAUGUGAUGUUUGCACUUACGUAGUCAAGUAUGCUGAGGAAUUGGUCAUGAAGAAUGAAACUACCUACCAAAUUGUACACCAAAUGACCAAAGCCUGUCAUAUGCUCCCAUCAAAGUGGCAACAACCAUGCAACACCAUCGUUGAAUCCUACGGUCCAUUAAUCAUCGUCAAGUUGAUCAACCAAGAGAACCCAAAUGUUGUCUGUGCUCAACUCCAAGUUUGCACUCCCAAGGUUGCUGAAGAGAACUUCGACGGUGUCAAGAACGGUCGUGUCGAGAAGCACCACUUCCCAAUCGGACAUCACCACCACGGUAAGAAGGUUGAAUGCAAGGCCUGUGAAUGGGUUGCCUCAAAGGUAGAGCACGCUAUCGUCAACGGAAAGUCUGAACAUGAAGCAGAAUCAUGGGUUGACAAGGAAUGUGACCAUUUUGAGAUCUCCCCAGCCAUCCACAUCUGUAAAAAGGCUGUCCACUCUUUAAUCAAGGAUAUGGUCAGAGAAAUCAACAAGCAUGCUUCACCAAAUCUAAUUAAAGCCAUUUUAAAAAUUGACUUUGGUCCAACCAGUACUCAAAGUUUUAUGCUUGUACCAACUAAAGAAAAUCAAGUGGAUGCUAAGCAACAUUGA